AUGGCAAUUUUCGUAUCCGGUUUCGUUCUAUCAUUGAUUAUCAUGCGCCGUAGUACUAAAUCGAAGCGCGUGAAGCUUCCUCCUGGUCCUCCGGGUUGGCCGGUGGUCGGAAACCUCUUCCAAUUUGCGCGCUCCGGGAAGCAAUUCUACGAGUACGCCGAUGAUUUGAGGAAAAAAUACGGUCCGAUUUACACGUUAAGGAUGGGGAGUCGCACGAUGAUCAUCAUCUCUGAUGCGACACUCGCACACGAUGUUCUGAUUCAACGUGGGCCCAUGUUCGCAACCCGACCCAAAGAGAACCCGACCCGGACCAUCUUCAGCUCCAACACUUUCACCGUUAACGCUUCCGUUUACGGACCCGUGUGGCGGUCGCUGAGACGGAACAUGGUACAGAACAUGCUGAGCUCGACCCGGUUCAAGGAAUUCGGAUCAUUGAGGCAAUCCGCCAUGGAUAAGCUCGCUGAGAGGAUCAAAUCAGAGGCUAGUGAUAACAACGGGCUUGUUUGGGUCCUGAGAAACGCUAGAUUCGCUGCGUUUUGCAUUCUCUUGGAAAUGUGUUUCGGAAUCGAGAUGGAUGAGGAAUCGAUUUUGAAAAUGGAUCUGAUGAUGAAGAAAGUGGUGAUCACUAUCGAUCCACGACUCGACGAUUAUCUCCCGAUCCUUGCUCCGUUUUACUCCAAGGAGAGAAAACGAGCUCUCGAGGUUCGCCGUGAACAGGUCGAUCUCGUCGUCGGAUUCAUCGAGAGACGACGGAGAGCGAUUCAGAAUCCGGGAUCGGAUAAAACGGCGACGUCUUUCUCCUACCUCGAUACACUCUUCGACCUAAAAAUCGAAGGUCGUAAAACGACGCCGUCUAACGAAGAGCUCGUGACGCUCUGCUCUGAGUUUCUCAACGGAGGUACUGACACGACGGGGACGGCGAUCGAGUGGGGCAUCGCGCAGCUGAUCGCGAAUCCGGAGAUUCAGUCUCGGCUUUACGAUGAGAUCAAAUCAACGGUGGGAGAUCGUGCGGUUGAAGAAAAAGACGUGGACAAAAUGGUCUUCUUACAAGUCUUCGUCAAGGAGAUUCUCCGGAAACAUCCACCGACUUACUUCACGUUGACUCACUCAGUGACUGAGCCGACGACGGUUGCCGGCUACGAUAUUCCCGUCGGGAUCAACGUCGAGUUUUAUCUCCCAGGAAUAAACGAGGAUCCGAAGAUUUGGUCUAACCCAGAGAAAUUUGACCCGGAUCGGUUUAUUUCGGGUAAGGAGGAUGCGGACAUAACCGGCGUAACCGGAGUGAAGAUGAUGCCGUUCGGCGUUGGUCGUCGGAUCUGUCCCGGGCUAGCGAUGGCCACCGUACAUGUCCACUUGAUGCUUGCAAAAAUGGUUCAAGAGUUUGAGUGGAGCGCGUUUCCGGCGGGAAACGAAAUUGAUUUCGCCGGGAAAUUGGAGUUCACGGUAGUGAUGAAGAAACCAUUGAGAGCCAUGGUUAAGCCAAGGGUUUAA